CUCAAAAAACCGGAAGUGUUGAUGAGAAGCUCCGACAAUGGCGUGGAUGCGACUGAUACAGAGCGCGAGAUCUGUUUUAACGACAACACCACCGACGUCGAAUCUUAACCUCUCUAGAUUCUAUUCCAAACCGGCUCCUUAUCCCGUGAAGGUUGGGAUACCUGAGUUCUUGAGUGGGAUUGGGGGAGGAGUUGAGACUCACAUUGCAAAACUUGAAACUGAGAUCGGUGAUCUUUCGAAACUGCUUGUGACUCGUACGCUUAGACUCAAGAAGUUUGGUAUUCCUUGCAAACAUAGGAAACUUAUACUCAAAUACAGCCACAAAUACAGGCUAGGGCUAUGGAAACCUAGAGCUGACGCUAUAAAGGUGUGAUUGAUGAUUUCUCUGCUCGUCGACUUCCCGUUGCUAUCUCAUGCUUGUUUUUUGCUACUGAAAUGAGCUCUCCUGAGAGUGAUCUAGGCUUAGCAGUGUUGUCAAUUAAUUACUUGAAUUUUUCUUCAUGUAUCUUCUUAGGGGUAUCCAUAUGGCAUAACUUGAACAUGAAAUCGUUUCUAAGGCUAGAUGGAUCAUGAGCAUUGUGUAUUUUGAAACUUUGCCAAUCAUAACCUUUUCUUACGGAAGAACAGAACCACUUAUUACAGUU